UUGGACUCGGAGGCUUGAGUGAGUCGCUUGGUGUCAGCACUGGUUCCUGCCAUAACCGACCGACCAUACACAACUGUGGCUAUGUUCUCGCCUAUCACACUCAACCAUACUGGGACUAUUCGCACGAUACGAACCAUAGUAGUCCUUGAGUACGCCUUAAGGGCCUGAUGACAACUUUGAUGAUGCCGAGUGACUAUGGUGUGGAGAUGUUCCUUGGGUCGUCCCCAGUUCUUACCUCCGGGUACCUCGCCUCCCAGCCCUUCCUCCAUGACUACCCUAGACUGACACCACUCCAGGCAGCUCCCCUACAGACGACACCAGUCCAGUCGACGCCCCUCCACAACAUAUGGGGCGGCAGCAGCCAGUCAUGCGGCACUACCCUCACCACUAGUAGUUUUCGGAGCAACUGUGAUAGCCAACUCUUCUCCUCCUCUCCUUUGUCCUCCUCCUCCAUACCCUUGUCCUCCUCUUCCUUUUCCUCUUCCACCUCCUGCUACAGCAACAACUUCAUCCCAAGAAGCAGUUUUAGGUCCAGUGGUCGACGGUCGCCUCAGAAAAAAAAAGUAGAGACACUACCCUUCCUGCCCAUCAAGUCCUGCCUGGUGGCCCGUCAGGAGGAGGAAGUGGAGGAAGGCGCCAUCUCCCCCACCCGGCUAAAGAAGAAGGUAGUGUUCGCAGACACCAGAGGACACCCACUGACUGAGGUCCGUGUCCUCACCGAGCGUCCAGAUUGUCCCCCAAGAUGGUCGGCAGACUUCUUAGAACAGGUAACCAGAGGCGCCAAGGCAGAAGCGGUGUGUGACCAGUGGGAGUUGGCCUUCCCCCAGCCAGCCUCUGACUACCUGGGCAUGAAGGCCAGAUUGGAAAAUGACUACAUCUCUCUAGAAAAUGUUGUCAUUAAGGAAUCCGAGAACAGAGUAGCGGGCACAGUUAAGGUCCGAAAUCUAUCCUUCCAUAAGAGUGUUAAAGUGAGAUACACCAUCAACAAUUGGACGACUCAUGAGGACGUCGAGGGAGAGUUCGUACCGUCACUGUCCACCGCUACGGGAGCCUCUUACGACCUCUAUGACACCUUCUCCUUCAGCUUGCCCCUGCCAGGAUCCACACAGGCCGACAAGCUGGAGUUCUGCGUGUGCUUCAAGAGCGAGAUUGGGGAGUACUGGGACAACAACAACAACAAGAAUUACGUGAUUGUUUCCUUUCGACCCAAGACCGCCGCGGCGCAAGAGUUAAAACCCAAAGACGUGUUUGAUGUGAACUUAGACUCUUGGACCGAGUUCGCUUCCUGGAACCACCUAGACAUCAAUGGUUCGCCUUACUGGUGAACGCGAGGAGGAGGGUUGGUUCGAGAUGAUGGCACACGGUGAUCGAACCCCUUCCCCCCACUUACCGGUGUUAGCUAGAUAACACUGGUCUGGUGGUGCUACUUGUCCUUAAUUCAAUGUUUUAUCGAUUUGUGCAUAAGCAGAUAUUAUUCAUGGUUCGUUAAAUAAAUAAAUGAAGAAGGUGUGAAUAAUAGAACAUUCACAGAGUUUAAUGCAUCUAUCGUAAAACCAUGUAUAAUAAUAUUAAUAAUAAUAAUAAUAGUAAUGAUGAUAAUGAUAAGAGUGUCUCGGAGUUAGCGGCUAGAUGAUAAAUAUAGUGGAUGUGAUGUUGGAAAAAAGAAUGGUAUUAGUAGUGGUCAUACAUGGCGGCGUAGUGGUGUAUUCCUACUGCUCACCACCACCAUACGGCCAAUCGCCACCGCCCACACGCCCCUCACCACUAUACACUCCUGGCCUAAUGGGGAGGAGGAGGAGGAGGGGCGUCACCUGGGUGGUAUGAUGAGGAUUAUUACCCUUCCAUUAAGCUACACCGCCACCCACCAGCAGGAGCACCACGUCGGUGUCCAGGGAGAAGGAGAGCCUCGUCGGACACCAGAUGCAGGACGUGUACUACUGGGACGGGGAAGAUCUUUUCUAGCGGGACAGGAGCGCUGCUGUAGAAACUUAAAAGCUGCUAGUCAUAUCAUCGCGAGAGUUGCACCCCACAGUCCUCAAGUUUACCAACACGCCCCCCGAAGGUGGCUCUUCUCAACCCCUGCCAACACCGUCAUCGCCUCCUCCAUACAUGGCCUGCUGCUGUAUACCGCUAUAUAUAUGUGCAGUAUACCGUUCUAGGGCUUCUAUGUACCGUCAAGGGACCUCCAUGUACCCUCAAGGGCCCUCAAUGUACCCGCUCAGAGCUUCCAGGUACAGCCCAGGUACCUCCAUAUAUCCUUGAAGACUUAGCGUACCGUACGCCCACGCCUUCUAUGUAUCCUUCCAGGACUCUGCCUACCGCUCGGAGGUCACACACUUACCUCCCACCAAGGCCUCCAGGUGUGGUUCAGGCUCUUCUGUACAUUGCAGUGAGAACGUGGGUUACGUUGGGUCCUUCCAGAUACUAAAGACAGCCGCAGCCGAGCACUCACGUGGCCCCCUGAAGGAGGGAGUAAGUGCUGGGGGCCACAAGUCUUCCUGGUAAUGAUGUUUUGGUGAGGUAAUGAUCGCAGAUAGUUGUAGUGGUGGACGGGAACAGUGUAAGGGAUGCUGGUCUUGAGGUUACUCAUACCUGCCUACACAAUCAGGCUUUACAAAACUGAAAAGCAACAGUAAUUAAUAUAAAAUGGACUUAAUGACGAUGAAAUUGAUCUUAUUUAUUUAAAAAAAGUGAAAUAAUUUUUUAAAAGCUGGUCUUGUUACGUUUAGUGAAAGUACAGUAAUCAAUUAACGACAAGUGUUACAAUAGAAGAGUAAUAGAGAUAUUACCUGAUAUAAAUUUAUCUGUGAUAGAGUACACUGACAGUUGUGUACUGAUGUGAUUACCAGAGUUGCUCAGGUGAGUUAUGGGCAGCUCACCUGAGGAACAGAGGGGCGGCAACCUGUCUUGUGAGUGAUGAUGUAACAAGUGACUAUGUAUGAACUAGAUAUAGGGUGCGAGCUAACAUUAUUUUGGUUUCUUAUAUAAAAAAGCUUACAUUUUGUGUUUUAUGUAAAUAAAAAGUGCAAUAUGUAUGUAAGGCUUCUUCUUACAGCACUCCGUGCCAGGGCAGGUGUCUGGGGUCCACCUCAACACCUGUCACACGUGAAUUAUCCUGUGUGAUCAAUCUCAUCUUCUUGUUUACAUUCUGAUGAUGUCUAGCUGGUACUGUCAACGUGAUAUGUCUGACGAAGUAGUCAAUCCCCACAGACAGGUAGCGAGCACACUGAUGGUUGCACAAGAAUUUAAGAUUGUGAUAAGGCAGGAGUCUGGCAUAGUGAGACUGUGACUUCACAUUCUGAGGUGAAGUAAUACCUUGAGUGAAGGUGGCACAACGUAGAUCAUUUCUCACCUGUUGACUAUAAUGUGAAUGGGAAUCUCUUUUUCUUUACUAUUUGUCAGCUUAGUUGAAAUGUUACAGUAAGUGGUACAAAUAUUAUUAUGUACUUGGUAUUGAUUAACCGUAUACCGGGUAGAGGCGGGGUAUCACUUGUAUUGCCUUAGGUCAGCUAGCAUGAUUUUCAUUUAAUUAGGGACUUCAGUUGUCUGGUAGCCACAUGUUAAGAAACUUGAGUUCCUGGGAGUGAGAUGCCUUCUGUAGCUACAAGGAGAAGUUACAUUUACAGUCACUUGUACACGAUAAAUGCAUUUUUUCCUUGUGGACGAAUUUUAAUGUAAGACGAUGUAUCUUUCGUCUCUAUCAGGAUAAAGUGCAUUCCUGACUAUCUGUCUCUUGGUGAUGGAAGAUAAGGUAUUUUAUCCUGAUGAGGGAAGAUCACCACUGACCUGUGUUAUUGAUGUACGAGUGUGGGUUCACAGGUUGUUAGUAGUUGUGAGGUAAAUGGUACCUCUCAGUGUUACACCCGCGGCAGCUGGUCGGGAGUGUACACACCUCUUGGCCUCGUGUGUGUGUGUGUGUGUGGUGAGGGAGCUGGGCAGGUGCACUUAGGACCUCUUGAGGUGGAAGUUAAGCUUCACCUGUGCCACAAGGGAGCUUUAAACAUGUAAGUGUGUGAUGAGGGUGUUGGUGUACUGUGGGCCCACCAGUUCUGUAUGGCAAUGUGCCAAUAUGUAUUAAGGUUUAAUACAGAGCAGGUUGGGCCCCAUGACAGGGAAGGUCAGCACUAUAUAUAUAUAUAUAUAUAUAUAUAUAAACUAGAGGUGUGCACUACUGCAAUUUUCGUGCCCCAUCACUAUUCAGUGUAUAUAUAAUCAAUCUCUCUCUUUCUCUCUCUCUCUCUCUCUCUCUCUCUAUAUAUAUAUAUAUACAAUUUAUAUAAAUAUAUAUAUAUUUCUACUUCAAUGUUGUCUACCAGUAGUGAUGUGUAACUCCCUGCACAAGGAGUAAUUCACCUGGGGAAGAUAGACUUUAGUUCACACAGUUGUUACCUCAGAUAACAGGACAUUGUGCCCACCUUAUAGUAGUUGUAUACCACACUAUGUUACCACGAAACUACUGUACUGUACUAGCGUGACGUCACCAACAACAACAGGCAGAUGAUACUAUAUAGGCAGAGUAGAAGGCGACCACCAUGUUGUCUAGUCCUUCAAGUGUUAGGUGUGGUAGUGUAUGAAGGUCAGUGAUGAUAUAUUAUAAAUGAGUUUGUUUCCGCUGUGUCCGUUUAGUGCCGUACGGGUAAACACACGCACAACCCGUCAUUUAAGAACAGUUAUUGUCUAGCAGCGACUUAAGUCAAAUACAGUAACUCAGAACGAAGACUUUAACGCAGACUCGACCUCCUCCAAGCACCGAGUGUCCAAUAGUGUUCUAGAAGUGUCGUGAUGGUAAGAGUAUUGAUAGGACUCGAGAAGGGUAGGUAAUAGGGCGCAACAUAUCUCUAUGUACACAAGAGCCCAGGGGAGUGAAUAUUAUCGUCAUAGGAAGAGAUGGUUGUGAUGGUGAGCGCGGCGCAGCAACAUGAUAGCUUACAGUACAUUCUCUCUCGCUAAAGUGAUGGUAUGUCUGGGAGGGGUCGUGUCUACACAGCUCAACAAGGAACGGGAAAUAUUAACGACCUGUGAUGUUACACGACCCUCAGUGGAUAGCUCGCGCGCUUAAAAGGAUGUCUUCGGGUAGGAUAUAAUUAUUAAGUUCAGGUUUUGAGAGAGUUUCGAUAAUCAUGUGGUGUGUUACGAAGGUGCCUGGGAGAGGAGAGGUCAUGUAGGUUACGGUCAUCGGGUGUGUUUGGGUGUAUAUAUAUAUAUGUGUGUGUGUGUGUUAAGAGUGACAAACAGCAGGAAGAUAAAAACAAAAAUAGUGUAUUCGGCGCCUAAUAAUAUCAAUCUGUCUGUUCGUUUGUUGUUGCUCGCUAGGGUUGUGUGUGUGUAACUUUAUCUAGAGGGAAAAGAUUCAAUAUCCUUCCUCACCAUUAUGUUUUCCCUACCUUUCAAAAUUGAUCGUUUAUUUGCUCAAGUUAAACCCAGAGUUCCUUUGGUGAAUGUGUCUAUGCUUAUACAGAUUGAUGAUGAUGAAACCGUAUCAAUCAUCUCGUUAGUAUGAUAGACGUUGAUGACUUGAAACAGAACCUUAAACUUCUUAAACCUUCACUUGUUUUAGCCCAACGAGAGUAAAUGUGAACCUCUGAACCUUCUAAACCCCCUACGUGUGAGGUUCUAUGUUCAAGUUAUGUUCUACUUUACUAAUGAGAUUAUCACCUACAGCCUUAAUGAACCUGCUGGUCCAUAUAAUCUUAACCCCUCUACCGUCUUCAUUAAAACAUCUGAACCACUGUUAUGGUUACUAUUAUUAAAUGUGUUUUAGCAUUUUUCUUUUAAAUCAUUUAUACCAUUUCUUAGCUGCAAAUAUCUACUGUAUAUGUAUUAUAUCAGGAGAGUAGCCGCCAUGGACCAAAGUAUUUUUAAUAUUCGUACGUGGUAGUUAUGUACGUGUCCAUGGCAGCUGUUGUCCCCUACUCCUCACUGGCCUUUACUUCUGGUUGUGUUGAUUUUUUAUAUAGUAGUCUGGGAGAACGUCAGGUAAUAAUGUUCUCGCUGAUCCAUAACUUGUAUGUAGUAUAUGAAGAAAAAAAAAUGAUUAAAAAAAAAACCCACAAAAGAUGAUCAUGAUACAGUCUUUAGCCAUGGAACAGAUUGUAGUUAUUUUAUAUUGCACGAUAUUUUAUGAAUUAUUAUUAUUAUUUUUUUGCAAACCACCAAUAAACACACUACUGUGCCUAUUUGUGUGAUUAAUUUAAAAAUGUAUGGGUCAUUUAUCCACCCACUACCACACCCCCCUACCUCUCUUAUCCUCCCCCCCCCCCUUCUUAAUAAACACUCAAUAUAUACAUAUAUGUUGAACAUAUACAACCCUGCUCUUGUGUAUAUUACCUGCUGGUAGUGAAUUACAGGUAACACACUAGAUCCUACCUCCCUCCUUCCCUGCCUACUUCUCGUCCUGCCUUCCCUGCUUACUCCUCCUCUUCCUUCCUUCACUCCCUCCCAACUUCCUUCUACCCCAUGUUGCUGGUGUGGCAAGUGUUGAUGUUGACAAUAGAGAGAAACAACUGUUAGCUGAUUGGCUGGUCAUUCCUUGGUUACAUAAACAAUCAUGUGAUUGGACAGAAGGAAAAGAAAAAAUGGAAAGAUAGCCAAUCAGAUUGCAGUGUUGUUGGCUCCCAGGAACCCAAAUACUCGCUGAUUGGCUUCUCAUUCUUGUGCUAUAUGAAUGAUUAUGUGAAGAAUGUGCCAAAUAUGAGAGAAAUGAAAAGAUUGAUAGCCUGUCAGAAGGAGGUUUGGUUGUAUGUAGUGGUGGUUGACCAAACGUAAAUACUAUCCACCACAUUAUUCAACAAAACUAAUAAUCUGAUUGGCACUUUCCAGCUCCAAUGAAAACAUAGUCACUAAUGGAAAAAACAGCCAAUGAGAAUUCAGUUUUAAUGCUGUUUUUCGGUAGCCUUAUAGACGCUCUGGCUAGCCUUAGUAUCAAGUCAUUACAAACGCAACAGCGGACUUGCAUUUUGAAACGCCCAAAGUUACCACAAACACUGAAUGCAUUACUGCAGAUUAAGUCCCCCUCUGUUUAUAUUCUUAACUGAUAAACCCGUAAAACAUGUCUACCGAAUGUGGUCCAGCUUGGUGUACUAUACGUGUGAUAAGCCAAUCAAAAUACCAUUAAGUGUGCAAUUCUAGCUUUUGAUUGGUUCAUCAUCUCACUUUCCCCCCACCCCCCAUCCCCUCCCCCUCUCACACUCGAGAACUCGUAGGAAACUGAACGUAAACAAAGCCCGGACCAAUCAGAAGAUGUAUUGGACUUGAACUCGACUUGUGAUUGGUCCAUUGUGUUGAAGAGGGAGAGCUGUGUUGAGCUUCCAGAUGUGAAUGAUGGUAAUGUCUCGGAUGUUUCAUAAAAGCCUUGUUCUUUUUCUUAAAUAAAUAGUUUCUAAUA